CAACGUAGGAAAGAUGGCGACGGUGCAAGUCGCCAGCUCCGUGCUGGGCGGGUCGCCGCGGGAGGCGCCGCGGGAGCUUCCCCGAGAGCAGGGCGCCGGGUUCCGCCGCCUGUCGGCCAGGCUCUGCGCCCUGCGCCCGGACGACAGCAGCUCCUCCCGCACCGAGAUCCACCUGCUCUUAGACCAGCUCAUCUCGGAGAACUACAGCGAGGGCGGCGGCGUGGCCCCGGAGGAUGUCAACCCUCUGCUUGUCCAAGCUUGUCAACUGGUGCCUCUGAAUCAGAAUCAUCUCGUCAGCAAAGUGUCUCAGCUUAUCCACCAUUUACUUAACACGUUACAGGUGAUUGUUGACGAGCAGAACCUGGGUUUCCUGUUGGCGUAUACGAUUUCCGCUCUCCAGCAGUGCAGCCCCUGGACGCACGUGAAAGUUCUCCAGGCCCUGGCCGCCCUGGUUUACUGCAAUGGCUCCAAGUGUCAAAAGUUCCUCCCAGACUUACUAGGCAAGAGUGGGCUCCUGGUGAAGCUGAGUGACCGGACUCAGUCCGACCCCGAAGUUAGGAGAGCUGCAGUACACUGUAUGGCGAACCUGUGUCUCAGUGUCCCCGGACAGCCCUACCUGGAGGAGCCCUACCAGAGCAUCUGCUUCCACGCUUUCUUGACCACCUUACAGUCUCCAAAAUCACCUGAUAUGGAUGACAUCACGUUUUGCAUGCUGUUACAAAAUGCAUUGAAAGGUAUACAGUCUCUUCUAAACGGCGGGAAGAUGAAGCUGACACAGACUGAUGAACUUGGAGCUCUCCUGGCUGUGCUGAAGAAAUCCAUGUUUCACGGACUCCCGGGAGUGCACGUAGAGAUGCCCACCGUGCUGUACCCCACCCCGCUCCCUCAGUGCGACGGGCGGCCCCCCGCCAGGCCGCCGCUGUCCGAGCCCGGCCCCUCUCGACCAGCAGCGAAUAAAAAGAAAAAGUCCAAAAUAAAACCAAAGAAAAUCCAGCAAGGAGAGGAGGAGGAGGAAGAGUCCAGUGGUGAAAGGGAAGCGACCCCGGUCAGUGGCCCGGGCAGAGUGAGCCUGCACGGUGGGAGCGCCCAGUGCCCCUCCCCGCUGGGGGCCCAGAGCUCGCCGCUGGACGGAAGCGGCGCGGCAGGGAAAGAUCCAGCCUCCUCGCCCUUCGGCUCUGCCACCUGGAGAAGGGUCAGCAGCAGUGAGUCGGACUACUCGGAUGCAGAGGGAGGCAUGCAGAGUAAAACGAGGUCCUACCAAGCCAAAGUUCGCCAAGGAGCAUUAGCUUGUUUCCUUUCUACUAUAAAAUCAAUAGAAAAAAAAGUGCUUUAUGGCUACUGGUCGGCCUUCGUUUCUGACACGCCUGAGCUCGGGAGCCCGCAGUCUGUUUCCUUGAUGACACUCACGUUAAAAGACCCUUCCCCAAAGACACGUGCCUGUGCUCUGCAAGUUCUGUCUGCCAUCUUGGAAGGCUCAAAGCAGUUUCUUUCUGUGGCUGAAGAUACCAGUGACCACAGAAGGGCUUUUACCCCUUUCUCUGUCAUGAUCGCGUCCAGCAUCAGGGAGCUGCACAGAUGUCUUUUGUUAGCUCUGGUGGCUGAGUCAUCCUCGCAGACCCUUACUCAGAUCAUCAAGUGCCUUGCAAAUUUAGUAUCCAAUUCACCUUAUAACCGUCUGAAACUCAGCCUGCUGACCAAAGUCUGGAACCAAAUAAAGCCUUAUAUCCGCCACAAAGAUGUUAACGUUCGUGUGUCAAGCCUCACACUCUUGGGAGCCAUAGUGUCCACUCACGCACCUUUACCUGAAGUGCAGCUGCUUCUGCAACAGCCCUGUUCUUCCGGACUCAGCAACAGCAAUCCAGCAACCCCUCACCUCAGCCACCCUGACUGGUGGAAGAAAGCCCCCUCGGGACCUUUCCUGGAAGAAGCAUCGGCUGGCUCACCAAAGGGGCCUUCCGAGCCCUGCUGGCUCAUCCGACUCUGCAUCUCCACGGUUGUGCUGCCCAGGGAGGAUUCCUGCGCAGGCGUCGAUGCUGGCUGUGCGGCAGGCGGCGCCUAUGUGCCAUCCCCCAUGCGACUGGAGGCCUUACAGGUAUUGGCCCAUCUGGCAAGGGGCUAUUUUUCAGUGGCUCAGGUCUACCUGAUGGAGCUUGGAGAGGUGAUUUGCAAGUGCAUGGGGGAAGCAGAUCCAUCUAUUCAGCUUCAUGGAGCAAAGCUUCUGGAAGAGCUGGGGACAGGUGUGAUACAGCAGUACAAGCCAGACUCUGCCCUAGCACCCGAUCAGAGGGUGCCAGUCACCUUGGUGGUGCUGUUCUGGACCAUGAUGCUGAGCGGCCCUUUACCCAGAGCCCUGCAGAACUCGGAGCACCCGACUCUGCAGGCGAGCGCGUGUGACGCCCUGUCUUCCAUCUUGCCCGACGCCUUCCGGAACCUGCCGAGUGACUGGCAGAUCCUGUGCAUCACGGUGCUGCUCGGCCUGAACGACAGCAAGAACCGUUUGGUGAAAGCUGCGGCCUCGCGGGCGCUUGGGGUCUACGUGCUUUUUCCCUGCCUCAGACAGGAUGUCAUAUUCGUUGCGGACACAGCAAAUGCAAUAUUGAUGUCGCUUCAAGACAAGUCUCUGAACGUCCGAGCCAAAGCAGCCUGGUCCCUGGGCAACCUGACAGACACUCUGAUUGUCAACAUGGAUACACCAGACCCCAGUUUCCAGGAGGAGUUCUCUGGUCUCCUGCUCCUGAAGAUGCUGCGAUCAGCUAUAGAAGCAUCCAGGGACAAAGACAAGGUAAAAAGUAAUGCAGUCCGGGCCCUUGGAAAUUUGCUUCAUUUUCUACAACCGUCUCACAUAGAAAAACCCCGAUUCGCUGAAAUCAUAGAGGAAUCUAUCCAGGCCCUAAUUUCUGCCGUCCUGACCGAGGCUGCCAUGAAGGUCCGAUGGAACGCUUGUUACGCGCUGGGAAACGCAUUUAAAAACCCUGCCCUUCCGCUGGGAAUAGCCCCGUGGACCUCCCAGGCCUACAAUGCCCUGACGUCAGUUGUGACAUCAUGCAAGAACUUCAAAGUGCGCAUCAGAUCUGCCGCCGCCCUCUCCCUGCCCGGCCGGAGAGAGCACUAUGGGCCUGUCGGCCAGUACACACAGAUCUGGAACGCGCUGGUCACUGCCUUACAGAAGAGCGAGGACACCAUGGACUUCCUGGAGUUCAAGUACUGUGCCAGCCUCCGGACCCAAAUCUGCCAGGCGCUGAUUCACCUCCUGAGCCUGUCCAGUGCCCCAGACCUGCCGUGCAUCAAAGAAAGCUUGGAAUUGAAUGGAGACAUGGUCCAGUCCUAUAUUCUACAGUUUUUAAAAUCGGGAGCAGAGGGCGAUGACAACGGAGCCCCCCAUAGCCCACUGGAAAGAGACCAGAUGGUCAGAACGGCCCUGGAGCACGUGAGCAGUGUCCAGGCCCCUGGGGGCGACGCAGCCAAAAGGGCUGUCAUGGGCUUCUUGCAAGAUACCCUGACCAUUUACUUUGACUCGUUUGGGUCCUAAGUGCCCUCCUCGGUUGAGUAAAUCAGUGACUGUUCCACCAUACUUUUCAGGAGUCAAGCGGUAAAAGGAAAACCCAAGCCUGAGCAUCAGAUAUGGGUGGUUUAAUCUCAGGAGCAGAAGUAAUCCACCCACGAGUUAUUUAGAAUAAAUUAGCAGCUAUGUAAGUUUUUCUAACAGGGCUCAGCCACUUUUGAGAGUGGUCCUGCGGCAUUGGCCGUGGUCGGGCUUGUUGGGACCUCAGACCCGUGCAGCCAGGAGCCAAGGAGUUGGGUUGUGUGGGCUGAGCAGAGUGGGGGUGUGAGGGUUGUUUAGUCUCAGAAGAAUUAAAAAAAAAAAAAAAGGCAGCCCUGGCCAGGUCACUCAGUGGGUUAGUGUCGUCUCAACGCCCCAAGGCGGUAGGUUCAGCCCCCUGUCAGGGCACACGCAAGAAUCACCCAACAAAUCCAUAAAUAAGCGGAGCUUCAAAAACAAGUCGAUGUUCUUCCCUCUCUUUCUCUAAAAGUCAAUAAAUUUUUUUUCAUCGUUUUAAAAAGCAGCAAAAGAAUUUAGGAAUUUUGCCUGUGGGAACUGUUUUUCUUUUGUAAUAAACUAGUGAGAACUCGUGUACCCGUAACCUCCUGUUUUUAUAAGGCUGCGUUUAUGGAAAGCUGCGAGCAGUGCGGACGUCCGGCCGGUUUGCACGGGCACGGCUGCGUGGUUGCUGAAGCACCAUGAGCUCCUCAUGGGAGGGUGGACACCUGCUGCCCCGGGAGCCCCUCCACGCCUUCUGAAGAGAGCGGCUUAUUUUCUUGUCAUUUUUGUAAAAGUAGAAGUGUGGCAUAUAGACCUUAUUUCUAGUUCUUUGGGCUUUUACUAGUGGGUUUCUUGAUAAAAUAAUUGUGA